CCAAAGAGCCUUGCGUCACUGUAUAUUGUGCAAUUGACCAUGCAGCUCGUACGCAGCCUCGUCGCCUUUCUCUCGGUCGCGGCGGCGACCUUCGUGCCGGUGGACCCUUCCGAUCCGUUUGUUGCUGCCGCCACGGACGAAUUUAUGAAGACGUACGACCGGUUCCUCUCGGACGUCUUCGCGGUCGUGAGCGACAAGACGGUGCUCAACGCAGAGGUGUACAAGCACCCGAUUUUGCUCGACGAUCCGUACUACGAGGACGAGUACGAAGAGUCGUACUACAUGGCGGGUGCCACGUACAAGCUCAACGUGCUCCUCAAGCUCCAAUUUGACUCGGUUGCGUUCGCAGGCGACCCGUACAUGACGGUCGCCAACUGCAUCUUUGUGUGCACCAACGACACGGACGGCAACGUCGACUGCACCGGCAAGACGUUUGAGCAGUUCCCUCGCGUUGCGCUGCCGACGGACCGCAUUGAGGAAGGCCCGAUCCGCGCCUUGGUCAGCGAGCACCUCAAGCACAUGUACGACGACGCGCAUUUCGAGCUCACUGCGUACGAGGCGCAGAAUGACAGCAUUCAUAGCGACUUGGUCGAGUACUUUCGCUUCACGGCCGAAGGCGAGCCGGUCGAGUGCGAGUUUGCGGUCUAUCGCGACGGGUCCGCGUCGCCGCCGACCCGCCAUAUGCUCUACUUUGACGACAAGUGCAUCGUCGCCAAGUACCAUGGACAGAGCCUUGCCGACAUUGAGCACGACGAGCGGUUGCACACGACGCUUAUGCUCACGACGCUCGCGCUGCUGACCGUCAUCGCUGCCUGCGUGUCGCUUCGAAGCCGCGUGCGCCAAGCCAAACGCAUGGGCUACCGGCACGUGAGGUUCCAGCCGUCCGAGACGCCUCGUGGUGUCGGGAACGCGCCAGUCGAAGCAUAACACGCCCUGUAAUGUGAAAUGGAUCCGUAUUACGGUAGCAACUUCAAGCGCCGAUAAAGCCAGCGUGUAUCAUCGU